UGGCAACCUCGCAAUCCCCGCUUCCCUAGCAACCCGAUCGGCUUCCUAGCGACGCAAAGUGGCUGUGCAGUCCCUAGUCCCGCCAUGCCGGUGCGAGUGAGCGAGUUCAGCUGGCAGCAGACGCCGGCCACGAUCUUCCUGUCUCUGCCUCUGCGGGGCGUCUGCGUGCGCGAUGCUGACGUAUUCUGUGGGGAAAGUUACCUGAAGGUUAACUUUCCUCCAUUUUUAUUUGAGCUGUUUCUCUAUGCUCCCAUAGAUGAUGGGAAGAGCAAAGCCAAGAUUGGAAAUGACACGAUUCUUUUCACAUUGUAUAAAAAGGAGCCAGUUCUGUGGGAUAGCCUUUCUAUGCCCGGUGUUGAUAAAGAGAUGAUGCAGAGAAUAAGAGAAAAAUCUAUCUUGCAAGCACAGGAGAAAGCAAAAGAGGCCACAGAAGCAAAAGCUGUUGCCAAGCGAGAAGACCAGAGAUACGCGCUAGGCGAGAUGAUGAAGAUUGAAGAAGAAGAGAGGAAAAAAAUAGAAGAUAUGAAAGAAAAUGAACGGAAAAAGGCAACUAGAGAAUUAGAAGCGUGGAAAGAAUGUCAAGAGAAAGCUGACCGACAAAAAAGAGUCCAGAGGAAGGAGAAACCGCCCGAGGGAAAGCAAGCUGAAGAGACCAAAGCUCUAAAACCUCGGAGUUUGCCCCGGAAGGCCCCACCCACUCGCUUCCCCACAAGAGGGAGGAAUUGGGAAAACAUAUUUCCUGAGAAGUUAAAGGAAGACAGAAUCCCUGCGCCUCGUUCCGCUGGCAGUAUUCAAAUCAGCUUUACCCCUCGAGUGUUCCCAACUGCACUUCGGGAAUCCCAAGUCGCAGAAGAGGAGGAGUGGCUGCAUAAACAAGCAGAAGCACGGAGAGCCAUGAGCACUGACCUUCCUGAAUUCUUUGACUUAAAAGAAGAAGAGAAGAAUCCAGACUGGUUGAAAGACAAGGGAAACAAAUUGUUUGCAACGGAAAACUAUUUGGCAGCGGUUGAUGCAUAUAAUUUAGCCAUACGACUGAACUGUAAGAUCCCAUUAUUGUAUUUGAAUCGGGCUGCUUGCCACCUCAAAUUAAAAAACCUACACAAGGCCAUCGAGGACUCUUCUAAGGCACUAGAGUUAUUGACACCACCUGUUGCUGACAAUGCCAAUGCAAGAAUGAAGGCACACGUCCGACGAGGGACAGCAUUCUGUCAACUAGAAUUGUAUGUUGAAGGCUUGCAAGAUUAUGAAGCUGCACUUAAGAUUGACCCAGCCAACACAGUUAUACAGAACGAUGCAGAGAAGAUUCGGAAUAUAAUUCAAGGGACAACACUGAAGUCUCGUGACUAGAGGCAGCUAGGUACAGGAGUCUCUGCAAGUACUCUAGCUCUGUAAAGCACCGUGCUACUGAGUCUUUGGAAUGGCAGUGCCUGACGAAUCAUCUCCAAGAUGAAAAUGGCCUGUCUCUCACUGCCUUUGCUCCCAGUACUGGGAAGACAGAGGUAGGCAGGUCUCUAUGAGCUUGAGGCCAGCCAGAGCUAGACAGCAAGCAAAACACAAAAGAAAGCCAGAGAGCAAGCUGUUUGAAUCCUCAAUCUUGGCACAGGGAUUGGUUGGGCUUUGAUGUUGCUGUUGGCAUUUCCAGGAUACUAUUGAGGAAUGUACAGAAUAGAAUUUCCACAUAAAAGAUUGUGCAUAUAAAAUAUUUUUAUCAUAUUAAAUAUAGUAUUUCAUUCUAAAUGAUUGGCUUUGGUAUAAUAUGUAAACAAUUUUUAGUCACUUAUAGAUACACAUAACCAUAUAGUUUUCUUUAUAUUAUUUGUCAUUUGAGGCUAGACCAGUUAGAGUAUAAUAUACAUUGCAUACCAAUCCUGGGUCUGCUGGGUAAAAGGAUAUAGAAUUCCAGGCUAGCCUGGGCUACAUAGUGAAACUGUUUCAAGAAAAAGUGAAGAAAUAAACAACAGAAAAA